ACGAGGAUGACAAAAAUACAUGCAGUGGGAAUCCAAACAGUAAUUUCGGCACAAGAUGGAAUCGCCAAAAGCAAAGGAAGUUUCAGGAGGAAAACGUCAAAUUGAGGAAGACGAAGGGGAAGAAGAAGAAUGGAUAGGGCCAAUGCCAGCUGAAGCAGUUAAAUCCAAGAAAAGGAAAUAUCUUGAGUUUGAAGACAUUUACUUGAGUAAUCUUCCAUCAGCCGAACUGUAUGAGAAAAGCUACAUGCAUAGGGACACUGUUACACAUGUAGCGGUCAGUAAGACAGAUUACAUUAUAACGGCAAGUUGUGACGGACAUGUUAAAUUCUGGAAGAAGCAGGAUCAAGGUAUCGAGUUUGUCAAGCACUUCAGGGCACAUCUUGGUAGAAUAGAGUGUAUAUCAGUGAGUGUUGAUGGAUCGUUACUUGCUACUGUUGCCGACGACAAAGCAAUAAAGAUAUUUGAUGUUGUCAAUUUUGAUAUGAUUAACAUGAUGAAGAUUGACUAUGAACCGGGCUGCUGUGAGUGGGUGUUUCGUUCCGGUGAUGCUAUCAGUGCUUUAGCUUGUUCUGAGAAGACAUCAGGCAACAUCCACAUUUACGAUGGACGGUCAAGUAAUAUUGCCAUUCACACUCUCAGCUCCUUACACAGCUGUCCAGUUAUUCUCAUGAAGUAUAAUCCAGUUUAUGAAGUGAUGGUAUCGGUAGACAAGCAAGGAAUGGUGGAAUACUGGACUGGACCAAAGAAAGAGUACAAGUUCCCAGUGCAAGUUUCCUUCAAGUACAAAACGGAUACAGAUUUAUAUGAGUUUGUAAAGUGUAAGACAGUUCCCAUGGGCCUGGCAUUUUCACCCAGUGGUAAAGUGUUUGCUGCUCUGGCUAAAGACAGAAAGGUGAGAGUCUUCAAAUUUUUAACGGGGAAACUCACGCGAGUUUUUGACGAGUCGCUGCAGACGUUUAGUGAGCUGCAGCAGAUGAGACAGCAGCUACCUGACAUGGAGUUUGGACGACGGAUGGCCGCGGAGAGGGACUUGCAGAAAUCAGAUGCUUUCUCACAUCCAAACAUAGUGUUUGAUGAAAGUGGUAACUUUGUUCUGUAUGCUACAAUGCUUGGGAUCAAAGUGCUAAAUCUACACACAAAUAAAUGCUCAAGAAUCUUAGGAAAGCCUGAGAACAUUCGCUUCAUGCAACUUGCUCUGUACCAGGGAUGUAAGAAACCAAGCAAGGCUGCCCUCUCUGUUGAAAUGCAGGCAUCAGAAAACCCAGCUCUAAUGAAAAUGACCUCCGACCCCACACUUGUCUGCUCUGCCUUCAAGAAAAACAGAUUUUACUUGUUCACGAUGCAUGAACCAGAUGAUGCAAAAAGUGCUGAUGCCGAGCGUGACGUUUUCAAUGAAAAGCCGUCCAAAGAGGAACAGAUGGCUGCAACACAGGGUUCAGUUUCUCAGAAGUUAUCCAACCAGGCCUGCAUACACACAUCGAUGGGAGAUAUCACAGUGCAGUUAUUUCCUACAGAGUGUCCAAAGACGGUUGAAAAUUUCUGUGUGCAUAGUCGAAAUGGCUACUACAAUGGUCACCUGAUUCAUCGAGUCAUCAAAGGAUUUAUGGUCCAGAUGGGAGAUCCACUAGGGAAUGGAACCGGUGGAGAGUCCAUCUGGGGAGGUGAAUUUGAAGACGAGUUUCACCCCAGGUUAAAACACAACCUGCCGUACACCCUCAGCAUGGCAAAUGCAGGGCCUGGUACAAACGGAUCACAGUUCUUUAUCACAGUCGUACCAUGUCCUUGGUUGGACAACAAGCACACAGUGUUUGGCCGGGUCAUCAAAGGGAUGGAAGUCACUCAGAAGGUCAGCGAAGUCAAGACAAGUCCAAAGACCGACAAACCAGUUGAUGAAAUCAAAAUAAUCAGCAUCAGUGUCAAGUAGUAAAACCCUCACGUUGAAAGUCCUUUAGUGUUCAGUAGUGGAUGACUAAAUGCCUUGUGACUAAAGACCCACAGCCAAACGCCUCUGAUAUUUGACAUCUUGAGUUGGUGACUGUUACCUUCUGGACGCUGUAAACAGUGGCUUGUGGCCUGUAGAUGUAGCCAUAGGCCUAAAUACAGUGGUGUGUGGCCUGUGAACAACAGCUUGUGAUAAGUGCCUUGUGACCUUUACUCAGUGGUUAGUGAUAUGCAAAGAGUGGCUGGCUGUAGGCAGUGGCUGGUUACAUGUGGACAGUAACUGAUCGGAUGUGGCUACAGCAGUACAAACUUUGUUAUUGCUCAACACAGGAUCACAGACACAGCUCUGAAAAGUCUAAUGUGAGAAACAGACUGGAUUGCCACAGACUGCACUGCCGUUUAAAAAAUGGUGAAAGAAAAGCAAAUACUUCAGUUGACAUUGGGUCAAAACGUUUUUAAAAACACAGCAGCUAGUCAAGUAAAAGACCAACAACAAAUUCCCUGGCGAGGACAUUGGGUUAUUCAAGAAUACUUGCGGAAUAAACUAUAAAUAAUUGUAAACUUGCAGGUACAACCAUGAAAUAAUUCUCUUUUGAGGAAGUGUUGGCUCUGAAAAAAAGCCGGGUUUGGUCUCCACUUGUAGUUGGUCAAGUUGCAAAAAUAAUACUGUAGAAGGAAUUAAUGAAAAAGUAAACAGCCUCGGUGAAAGACAAAAGAUCGCCAAAAGUGACAGAUCUUUUUGCUCCUUAGUCAUGAAAUAUUUAUGUUCCCGUGACAGAUUUGUUUUUCUGCAGAAAUUAAAGAUACACUGUUUUUCCAUGUUUGAAGGCAUCUUACUCUGUUUUAAUUUCCAAUAUAUAUUUUUUGUACUUUUUUUAAUUUACCGAGAGCAAGAAACAGUACUGUGAUGAGAAUGUACAGCACAAGGACACCUUUUUCCCCCUGAAAUCCAAGUCGCAUUUUCAGAACCCCUUGAGACAAUCCUGACUGGUCUCGGAUGUUUUAAAUGGCAUUUGGCUAGUGGAUCACUGCAGGGAUAACGCUGCAUUUUUGUGUGAGGCAAGGGUACCCUGAGUUGGGGAGCCACCCCCCCCCCUUCCCCACCCUGAGUAUUACCAUGGAGGAAUAACCAUGGUAUUACGGAGGGAGAAUAAUGUUGUUCCAAAAUUUCAACAGCGCCACCAACCGACUGGAGGUGUCUCGUUCUGAGGAUGAGUAGUGAAACUGUUCGAAACAACAAACCAAGAUUAUGUCAGUAUUGGCUGUGUUUCGUAGAAAACUCAUUUAAUAAUGUUGUUCAUUUUUAUUAUGAUGCGAAAUGGUGUUCAUAGUUGUCGUCACUGCAUACUUGGGAACUGACAAGAGUGUCAGCGGCUUUUACAAUGCAUCACAAAUCUCUCUGCCAGCUAUCCACAAUCAUGUACAUGUACACACUCUGUAUGUAAUGUAUGUCUAAAAUUACAUCACUGGGUCUUUCAACACAAAGCUGAAUAAAAAUUGUGGUGACCUUCUGACAAGUAAAUACUGUAUGGAUAUUGUGUUGUACCUUUACCUCCACAUUACGACUCUGCACAAAACGAAAGUGUAAGGCCGCCAGGGCUAAUCUGGGAUGUAUUAGUGUUGGGUUGCUUCGGAUGCCUCCAUGAAAGGUCACAAUUUCUAUCAGUUAAAAAAUAAUUAAACAGCUUAACAUGAAAAGUUACUUUUUGAGAAAGCAAGUAUGUCAUAAUUCACAUUCAUUCAAAGUAUAAGCUAAACUUUGGAAUAGAAACAAUGCCGGUAGGCCGUUUUGCCAUUCAAUGGCCUAGUUGGUCAUUGCGAGAGAAGGCUUAAAGGCAGUGGACACUAUUGGUAAUUAGGCCUACUAAAAAUAAUUAUUAUAAAA